AACAACACUGCGCGCAUCCGGCGCAUCGUGCAUACACGUGAUACACGCAUCGUAGUCACAUCGUAGUUACGUCGGAGUUCAAAAUUACAUGAUCAUCAAGGCGCGAGCAGUAAGGAGGGAACGGUGAGGUAUCGACGCGAAGCUCGAUCGGUCAAUACAAAAUUUCAAACAUCCUGACGAUGAAGCAACAGGGUCAGAAGCGAGAGGAUUUGUUGUGAGUAGAUUAGGAACACGAUAGCUCACGCGGGGAGAGUGUGUUUCGACAACUCAAGGUGAAACCGUGAAGGAGCAACAUGAUGAGCGAGGCUAGUGAUCCGAGCGACACCGAGAUGUCCGAUAAACAAGACGACAAGGAUGCGGACUUUAACGUAGACGAUUAUUGCCACGAGAUGGACAGCGACGACUCCUUCGCCGAAUCGUUGGAAAAUAAUGUUAACGUAAACGUGAACAACCCACAAGACAAAUCUGCGGGCCCGGUAAUUUCUGGACACAGAUUUGACAAGAAACUUGUAUGUGUUAAGUAUCCAGGAAAUGUAGUUAACGUCGACAAGGCUAUUGAGACGCUGGGUGGCAUCAGUUCCAUUUCUAUGACUGUAGACGUUCCUAACAGAAGAUUAGAACUACGCUUCAGACCCGACGACGGUUACAGCAAGCCCACCUGUGGGGAUAGACAUAGUACAAAUGGUUUCUUGCUUAGAGUUAGAAUAAAAAAGAAUAAGGUGACACAAGUAAAAAGUACUACCGUCGAGCUUGUGAAACCAACCUCUGUAGAUAUUACAAACUCGGAAGCCAGUACUUCUUGCAUUGGUAAAGAUCUUCAUGCGUCCCAUUCAGAAGAUGAACAGAUUAGUGUCGCGAGAGAAAACAUCGAUCGUGAAGGCAAUAGUGUCGUUGAUUUGGUCAGUCAGGAAGAAGAGCGCAGUGUUGACCCUGCGCAUUGCAGCAGCGAAGCAGCGUCGGCCGAGAAGGUGUGCGCUGCAGGUGUCGAAAACUUGUGUGACACAUGCGUAGACAAGUGUCCGUCAAAGAGGAAUAAAGAUACGUUUACUUUUGACAACAAUAAGUACGAGAAUUUAUCUAAAGAAACGAAUUAUGAAUUGCCACGUUUGAAAAUAUUGGGAAGAAUAGAGACCGAGUUCAAGUUCACCAACUUGUGUGACUUUCAGUACAUACCAAUGACACAAAACAGAUCGGAUCCGAAAAAAUUGGAGUGCAUAUACAGCCUGAUUUAUCCAACGGGCAUCCCGCUUUACUCCUGGCUGAGGAAUGACGUGCCCUACUUUCUCCCACCGGCUGUCUUCAGCAGGAUGGACACUAUACAGCAAUACAUACCGAAAACCGAGCUAGAUUCAAACUCGGAGAAUGUAAUUGGUAAAAGCAAGAAGAGUCAAGCGGGCUUUCCCAAUUACAUAUACUUUUCUACGUCCGAAGUGCCAUCCGCGGCGCCGAAAGGCAUCGAGACCGCCAUGAGGGUGAAGUUUCUUCAGAACACGCACUUGGAGCAGGUGCGCCAGCUCUUCGAGGAGCGUCCGAUCUGGUCGAAAAACGCCAUAAUGUACAAGACGCAAUUUACAUCCGAGCAACUGAAGAUAUUAUUGCCAUCGGUGGCAUAUUAUUUUAUGACUGGACCGUGGAGAAUUAUGUGGGUGAAAUUGGGCUACGAUCCAAGAAAGGAUAUUAAUGCGAGAAAAUAUCAGACAUUGGAUUAUAGACUGAAAGCUAUGCAUGGAUUAGGUUCAACCGUCAAGUGUAAAAGAAAUUAUGCAAAUUAUACGCUACCAUAUAAAUCAGCGCCCGUUUCCAAACAGAAACCUGCGGUACUUACAGCCACGGUGAGUCAGGAACAAACUUCGAAGAAAGAGCGGCAUUUGUACGAGAAUGUGUACAUAUACAGAGAGGGUAUGGUACCUCCGUCCCGACAAAUGUUUUAUCAGUAUUGCGAUGUCUUGGUAGGAGAAAUACAGGAAAUGCUGGCAAAGCUUCCUGACCCUUUACCUGGAAUAAGAUGUCACGAGAAGAGAGGAUGGUUACCAACUGGAUUUGAUGUACAAUGCAGAGAAAUUUUAAAUAAACAAGUACGGGCUGUCUUGAGAAAGAGAAUGAACAUUCCUGAAGAUCAUCCAACGUCGCUGCCACGAAAACGAAAACGUGGCAUUAAAUUAAAAUACAAUAAAAUGGUUAACAAAAGUACAAAAAAAGAUACAACGAAUUCUACAGAAAUUUAGAAAAAAAUGGCAAAAGCACGGAUGAAUUUGUCGCUUGGUCUAAAGAUGCGCUAAUACUUCGACAGCGGCUACCGG